AUGUCGGCUUCGUCUUCGACGGCCAACCUGGCCGCACCAUCCCAGCAGCAAGAGCAGCAGCAGCGACAUGCGCACCUCGACGCGAGCAACAGCACCGCCGCCGGCGACGCCUCGACCUCGUCGCCCUCGAACCUCUCGACCCGCGAGCAUCGGCGCAACGCCAGCGCGCUCUCUUCGGCCUCGGCCACACCGGCGGGCAGCCGCCCCUCAUCGCCCACGUUCCAGGAGAUUGCCCAAAAGGCCGUCAUCAGCGCCGUCAAGCAGGUCGACGAGUCCAAGCUGGAUCCGCACCCAGACUCGGACCCGGACGACGACGACGACGAGCACGAGCGCGAACGGCGUCGGCUGGCGCAGGUCUGGGCCGGUGCCGCACCCACGACGCCCUACCGCCACCUCUUCGUCUCGUGGCCGCACCAGGCCAUCAAGAAGACGUUUACCAUUGGUGUAUCCGCCGAGGACCCCAACCCGCCCAUCUUUGACAUGCCCCAGCGCGAGGUGACGGAGCGCAGCGCCGCCAGCUGCGUGCUCGUCACCAAGCACUCGCCCAUCAACGCCACGGUGCACAUCAUCAAGGGCGUUCGCGACCGCGGCGACAAGAACCUCGGCAAGCCCGUCACGGUGUCGGCCAAGAGCGUGCUGGGCAACGUCGUCCUCAAGGUGCCCGAGUACCACGGCAGCCGGCCGCUGCACCUGCGCGCAAAGACGACAAAGGGCGACCUCACCGUCUUCCUGCCCGCCAGCUUUGCGGGUCUCUUGACCUGGAAGAGCGAGUCGGGCACCCUCAAGCUCUCCCAGGCCAUCCAGGCACGGUACAAGCGUCUCGACGACCGCGCGCACAAGCACCGCGGUACCGCCAAAAUCAUCCCCAGCGUCGCAUCGGGCAACCGCGGCGAUGCGUGUGAACUCAUCAACAAGAGCGGCACCAUCACCAUCAUGGAGGCCGGCGAGGAAAAGAAGCACGAGGGCUGCUCUGUCAUGUAG